CUGAGGUGCCACUGUGUGUUGCGCGGAGUGAUCUUUCCCCUCUUACUUCUGCUACUCGUUUGCGUGGAACUAGGCGCCAGUUAUUAAAAGUGUAAUGAUUAAUUGGCGGAAGUAGAUACCUGCUCUCCAUAAAGAUGUUUACGAAGGCGUUUCGUGUCAAAGCCAACACCGUCAUCAAAGGAUCAGACAGGAGAAAGCUCAAAGCUGACAUAUCUGCAGGCUUUCCUUCACUGUCUCCCAAGGAGGUGUCAGAAUUGGUCCCCAACAAAGAGGAACUGAAUGUAGUUAAGAUUUAUGCGCACAAAGGAGAUGCAGUUACACUUUAUGUUCUCCAUAAAAACCCACUGUUUUUUGAAGUGGAUAAACGCCUCUAUCCCACAGUGUAUAUGCUUUGGCGCUUCCCUAAUGUCCUGCCAGCAUUUACAACAUGGCCUCCUGUGCUUCAGAAGUUUAUUGGUGGGGCAGACCUCAUGCUGCCAGGAGUGGUGGUGCCCUCAAGUGGUCUCCCAGUAGUGAAACAAGGUGACUGUUGUGCUGUAACAGUGGUGAGCAAUAGGGCUCCCAUGGCAGUUGGCACAGCUGCUGUGUCCAGUACAGAGAUGUGCAGUGCUGGUAUGAAAGGGAGAGGUGUGUUUGUCCUCCAUACCUACAUGGAUCAUCUAUGGGCAUUUGGGGAUCAAUCUGGUCCUCCUAAUCUCAGUGGUGAUAAUCAAAGUGAAACUGUGAAUGGAGAGGAAUAUGAUGUUGAGACAGAGGAGGCACUUGAUGAGAAUGUUGAAGCUCUGGAACAAUUUUCUGGUACAGCUGAUGAUCAGGUCAUGGAACAACCUUGUCCUGGUAUUGAAGAACUCAGCCUGGUGGAGCAUCAUCAAGAGAAGGAAAAUGAGUGCCGAUGCAGUGAGGAAGCAGAAGUGAACCAAGAUGAGCAGAAAACACCACAAGAGUUGAUGGAUGCCUUGCUGCUUCAAUGUUUUCUCCAUGCACUCAAGAGCAAGGUGAAGAAAUCCGAGCUCCCCCUGCUGACCAGUACAUUUCUCCGCAACCACAUGUUCUCCUGCUGUCCAAGUGGAAAGCAACUUGAUAUCAAGAAAUCAAGCUAUAAAAAGCUGUCCAAGUUCCUGCAGAUAAUGCAACAGCAACAUAACCUUGUGCGUGUGAAAGAGCUGAGCAAAGGAGUGGAGAGCAUCGUGGAAGUGUACUGGAAAAAUCCAGAACUACGUUCCUUCUGUGCCCCCGACGACCCUGACAUGGAGGAGGCUCCAGUGCAUUUGAUAGGGGAGGGAGAAAAGCCGUACCAUCCCCCUGAGAUCACAACUCUGUACUCUGUGUCAGCUCGACUGGAACCUCUCUUUCUGGAGGCAAACAAGAGGAAAGGAGAAAUACUCCAGCCUGCUGAAGUAAGACGUGUUAUCACAGAGUAUGUCAAGAAAAACGAGCUAGUAGAUGACAAUAAUAAAAACUAUGUCAUCAUAAACCCUACACUAUGUGACUGCCUGUUGGACAAAUCAGAAUACCAAGAGGUUGAGGCUCUAAAGUGGGAUGAUCUGUUCAGUAGGACGCUAGGUAGAAUGCAAGAGUGUUAUCAACUUGUGUUCCCUGGCCAAGCACCCGUUAAAAAAAAAGGCCACAUUGAGCCUAUAGACAUUACUGUUGCCUCAAGAGGCUCCAACAAGAAGGUGACUCUGAUAAAGAACUUGGAAGUGUAUGGUUUGGACCCUACAGUUGUGUCCGCAGCUUUGCAGUACAGAGUCCAGGCCAGUUCGGUCUUGCAGCCUGUUCCUGGGUCCAAGGACAAAGUCCUGGUUCAGAUCCAAGGCAACCAAGUUCACCAAGUCGGCAAUUUGCUGCUAGAUCAUUAUGAAAUUCCCCGCAAGUAUAUCCAAGGACUAGACAAAGCUCCGAAGAGUGGCAAGAAGAAAUAGCUGUGCAAAAACCUGCCAUGUACUAUUUACUGUCUGUUUGAUUACUAAAAAUAGGGACAGCAGCAAACAGUUCACCGUUCAUGCCAUAAAGAUUAUCAUUCAUCUAGAGCGUCUGGAACAGUGUCUUCACUCUUACAUUGUGCUGCCUUGCCCGAGGUAUUUGUUUUUCGGUUGUGUUCAGUCUAAUACUGCUGCGUUACCAGGGGGAAAAACAACAAACAAACCUCUGAACUCUUGCCCCAAAGGGCCUCAAGUCUUUACUCUUAUAAUAAAUGGUCUUACUUAAUAAAACCAUCUGAGGGCUGGUUGUCAUAAUGAGCGUAUAACUUUGUUGUAGUACAGAAGCGUGUAUGGAAAUGACUAAAAUUUUGUUUUGAA